CUGUCCGCAGUCUCUGGUCAUCCCUGUGCUGUCCGCAGUCUCUGGUCAUCCCUGUGCUGUCCGCAGUCUCUGGUCAUCCCUGUGCUGUCCGCAGUCUCUGGUCAUCCCUGUGCUGUCCGCAGUCUCUGGUCAUCCCUGUGCUGUCCGCAGUCUCUGUCUCUGGUCAUCCCUGUGCUGUCCGCAGUCUCUGGUCAUCUCCUGUACUAUGUCCGCAGUCUCUGGUCAUCUCCUGUACUGUGUCCGCAGUCUCUGGUCAUCCCUGUACUGUGUCCGCAGUCUCUGGUCAUCCCUGUACUGUGUCCGCAGUCUCUGGUCAUCUCCCGUACUGUGUCCGCAGUCUCUGGUCAUCUCCCGUACUGUGUCCGCAGUCUCUGGUCAUCUCCCGUACUGUCCGCAGUCUCUGGUCAUCCCUGUACUGUGUCCGCAGUCUCUGGUCAUCUCCUGUAUUGUGUCCGCAGUCUCUGGUCAUCCCUGUACUGUGUCCGCAGUCUCUGGUCAUCCCUGUACUGUGUCCGCAGUCUCUGGUCAUCUCCUGUAUUGUGUCCGCAGUCUCUGGUCAUCUCCCGUACUGUGUCCGCAGUCUCUGGUCAUCUCCCG